CUUUUCCAUUUUGGGACGAAGGAUUCCUUUAGGCAUAAUCACGACGCAAAUUCUAAUUUCAAUCAAAACUAACACUGAUAUGUGGCAUAGAUCAGCGUCUUUCAUCCUCGAUAAGCAUCACCUCCAACAAAGCGACACCGUAUCAGCCUCCGACAGCCGCCCCCUCUACCCCGCCUCCACCGCCAUGGCAGCUGAAAACCCCAACCCUAAGAUCUCCCUCUACUAUCAGACCCGCGCCGCGCACCACGGCGUCGUCACGAGCGACUGGCUGGAGCAGGCGCAGGCCGCCGCCGAAGGCCAGAGGCCCGAAGACGCCGUCUCCGGGAGUUACUUAUCUGGAAGUGAGGAGGAGAGUGGGGGUUUUAACGUGGUGGAUGAAUUUAAUAAUUGGAGGAAGCAGCCGGACUUGGCCGAGGCUGUGGCGGCGAUUAGGUCUCUGGCUUCCGUUAUUCGAUCGAGUCAAGCUACAACGAUGAUGGAGCUCGAGAUUGAGCUCAAGAAAGCCGCUGAUUUACUCAAAUCAUGGGACAGUACCUCUAUCUCUUUAACAGCUGGAUGUGAUCUGUUCAUGCGCUAUGUGACAAGAACGUCGGCUUUGGAAUAUGAAGAUUUCAAUUCAGCUAAGUCUCGCCUAAUUGAACGUGCUGAGAAGUUCGGUGAGAUAUCAUAUAAGGCUCGGAGAAUAAUUGCAAUGCUAGGCCAAGACUUUAUCUUGGAUGGUUGUACUAUUUUAGUUCAUGGCUUCUCUCGAGUUGUGUUGGAAAUAUUGAGAACUGCUGCACACAAUAAAAAGAAUUUUCGAGUUUUCUGCACAGAGGGGAGGCCGGACAGGACGGGACUUAGGUUAUCCAAUGAGCUUGCUAAGCUUGAUGUUCCUGUUAAGCUGUUGAUAGACUCUGCUGUGGCUUAUAGCAUGGAUGAAGUUGAUAUGGUGUUCGUAGGAGCAGAUGGAGUGCUUGAAAGUGGUGGUAUUAUAAAUAUGAUGGGCACAUACCAAAUUGCUUUGGUUGCUAAAAGCAUGAACAAACCAGUUUAUGUUGCUGCAGAGAGCUACAAGUUUGCUCGUCUGUAUCCAUUAGAUCAAAAAGACAUGGUUCCUGCCUUGCGCCCGAUCGAUUUCGGAGUACCUAUCCCAUCCAAGGUUGAGGUUGAGACAUCAGCUCGGGAUUAUACUCCGCCACAGUACCUCACCUUACUUUUUACAGAUUUAGGUGUCCUAACACCGUCAGUAGUAAGUGACGAGCUCAUCCAACUAUACUUAUAAGGCUACAAGAAGGUCUGCUUUUCUCAACUUUUCUGGCAUUGCUAAAGCAUACCACCGCCACUCAAAGCUACAUCACAACUUUGACAUGUAUGGCAAUAUAUGUGUGUGGUAUUCCUAAUGUAUUUGAUUUCAUGAUUAUGCGGUUAUCAAACGAAUCUCUCCUCAAAUCUUUGCGCCCCAAUUUUGUGUUCACUCAGUUUAUCCUUGUACGUUUUGAUAAAAUUCUGGGACACUAUCGAAUGGAAACCUCAAGGGGCCAAUGGUGUAUUGUUCUAGUAAUUAUAAUCAUGAAAUAUAAGCAAAUUUAAAAUGCUAGAGUUAUAAAGUAAUUAUGUAUAGGUUUGUAGGUUAGAUUAUUUCAAUCUUUCUUGUGAAUAGUUUAGAAGUGUACUAAUUUGUUGUUUGUACUUUUUGUUGGGUACUAGAGGAUCCACAAUGCUUUAAAUCAAAUUUUAGUUGACUUUAG